AUCUUGAUUACCGUCAACACGUUUGGCGUCUGCUACGCGAUCCGUGCAGAUCCGUUCCGUGUUUAAUCUAUCUUCCAUCUCAAAUUAGUGUUUCCGAAAUAUUUUGUUUGAUUUCGACAUCGUCUUGAAUUAAAUCAUGUCUGAUGUGGACGCUGACCAUCUUGAAGAAGCCGAGGUUUUUCCUACAAUACAAGAUCUUCCAGAAGAACUCGUAAUCUACAUCUUGUCAUUCUUAAGUUCAUCUGAAUUAUGCACGUGUGUCGCAAAAGUCUGUACCACUUGGCAAGACUUAGCUUUCACCCCUUCGUUGUGGAGAUCUAAAGACUAUUUAUGUCGAGGAGAUCAAAAGAUAGAGGAGCGAGAUGAAAUAUUCCAUCGUGCACCUUGCCUUCGAUGUUUGACAAUUGCACCAUUGGGUUGUGCAGAUACAUCUUCCUUACUCUCAGCUCUCAAAGGCAGAGUUCUCCCUGUUUCAGAGUUAUUUCUCUGUGGACGCAGGCUUGGGAGUGAAUUUUACAGAGAUGUUUCAGAACACUUUGAAGGAGUAGAAAAAUUGGUUUUACAAGAUGUUAGACUACGGCAAGAUGACUAUUCAGCUCUUGGAAAUUUGAGGUCAAUGACAACAGUUGUAAUAAGUGGUGAUCGUGUAAGCUGGACAGGACUCCAAACUUUACUAUCUAGCUGUCCAGAUGUAUCCUCUCUGCGCAUAGGCGUCAUGGGUUGUGAUGGUGAUGACGAGCUUGCUCUAGUGGAAACACUGAAUUCCAUGUCUACAAAGCUCACCCACUGUCACUUUCUUGGACCUCUUGGACUAUCUGACAGAGUAUUACAAUCUUUAAGCAACUGCACAAGAUUGCAAGAACUAGAGAUAAAUGACUGCGAUGAAGUCAGUGCAGAUGGAUUAUUGAAAGGACUUAUGAAGCUGCCUUCAUUAGAGAAACUAACUUUAAUAAGUCUGUAUAAUGUACCACCAUCGGCAUUGAAUGAAUUUUUCACAGGCAUGUCACUAGCUAAGCUGCACCAUCUCAAUAUAGCUGUCUGUAGACUUUUGGACAAUGAAUGUCUCCGAACAAUUUCUGAAAGGUGUCCUAAUCUCCUUUCCUUAAAUAUCAGGGGCUGUGAUCUCAUUACUGACGCUGGUGUCGCCGCUGUCUUAGACAACUGCAAGAAAUUACACACACUAGAACUUUGGGGUCUCACCAACCUCACUGGAGAAAGUUUUCGCUUAUACCUCCCACCUAGUCUACCAGCUCUCAACCUCAUAGACUUCCGUUAUUGCAGUCUAGUGCCACAGGAACUUUUAAGAAAACUAGAGAUUAAAGGCAGGAAAAUUCUCUGGUAAUGUGGAACAUUGCAAGGAUGGCAUUUUGCAUUUGACAGUGAAGGCCAGGGAUGAGGUUGGCUAAAGUACUAAAGAAUUGAAUUCAAUUGAAAAUGCUAUAAUUAAGUUUCAUAUUAAAUAUUUUUAUUAUCUUACAUCCA